AGUUUUAAGCGUGUUUGGCUGGGCUCGGAGAUUGUAUUAACAUAAAUUCGUUUGUAUAUAAUUGACGAUUUUGAACCGGCAAAAAAUGCGAUUGCAUAUCGAGAGCAGUUGGCAAUGAUAUGGAAUAAAGUGAAUUUAGUAUACUUUUACAUGUUGUAAGAACGAGAAUUAAAAUAUAUACAUUAUCACGCCGAGUUUUGUAAAUAUUUCAUCUUGCUAAGGAAAUACUAGAGGGUGUAACUAUAAAUACAGUGGAUAUGUAAAUAUAUGAUGAUUAUCUCCAUCUCCAAUUAACCUACAAAAUUAUGAAGUGUACAUAGUUUUUAUUUAAUUGCUUAUUGAAUGUAUACACCUUAUAUUGAUUUCUGUGAUUAAUUUUAAUUAAUUGUAAUUUUUAUUGUUUAUUAAAAUUUUUAUUGUCGAUUGUACUCUAAAAACAAUAAUCAUGGCAAGUGUUUCUUAUCAAAUUGCAAAUUUGCUCGAAAAGAUGACUUCAUCGGACAAAGAUUUCCGGUUUAUGGCAACUAACGAUUUAAUGACCGAACUACAGAAGGACAGUAUCAAACUCGAUGAUGACUCUGAAAGAAAAGUUGUACGAAUGCUACUUAAACUGCUUGAAGACAAGAAUGGCGAAGUUCAGAAUUUAGCUGUGAAAUGCUUGGGACCCCUUGUUAAUAAAGUUAAGGAAUAUCAGGUGGAGACAAUCGUCGAGUCUCUCUGUGCUAACAUGGUAUCAGACAAAGAACAGUUACGAGAUAUAUCCAGCAUUGGCCUUAAGACGGUUAUAGCAGAGUUACCUCAGGCUCCUGGCGGACUGUCUGGGAACAUCUGCAAAAGAAUCACUGGACGCUUGACCACGGCUAUAGAAAGACAAGAAGAUGUUUCUGUGCAACUUGAAGCCCUCGACAUCAUCACAGACUUGCUGUUACGAUUUGGGCCAGUGUUGCAGGCUUUCCACGGUUCUAUCCUAGCGGCUCUGUUGCCGCAGCUAUGCUCACAGAGGCAGGCUGUAAGGAAACGUACCAUCAGCGCUUGCAGUAACCUAGUCCUAUCGUGUAACAACACACUUUACACGAAACUGAUCGAUCACUUAUUCGAUGGCUUAUGCUCCGACAAGAACAACUCCCAAAUCAGGACUUACGUUCAGUGUAUUGCUGCGGUAUGUCGGCAGUCGGGGCACAAAUUCGGGGAGCACAUCGAGAAAUUCGUGCCUCUCAUUCUGCAGUGUAGCCAGGUGGAUGAUGACGAGUUGAGAGAAUUCUGUUUGCAAGCGUUCGAAAGCUUCAUUAAUCGAUGCCCUAAGGAAAUCACGCCCAAUAUUCCAUCUAUAACUGACCUGUGUCUGAAGUACAUGACAUACGAUCCCAAUUACAACUAUGAUGAGGAUGAGAGCGCAAACAGCCAGACGGACGGUUACGAUGAGGACGAAGAGGAGGAGGAGAACGACGAGUACAGCGAUGACGACGAUAUGAGUUGGAAAGUACGAAGGUCUGCCGCCAAAUGUCUCGAAGCGAUCAUAUCCACGCGUCAUGAGCUCCUUCCCGAAUUCUAUAAAGUACUGUCACCAGCUUUGAUCGCCCGGUUCAAAGAACGAGAGGAAAAUGUCAAAUCCGACAUAUUCCACGCUUACAUCGCCUUACUUAAACAGACUAGAUCUACGGUAAAUGUGAAUAUGGACCCGAACGCUAUGGUGAUGGACGAUGAAGAGGAGACCCCGAUGACUUUGCUUCAACAACAGAUUGAGUUGCUCGUGAAAGGAGUUCAAGGACAGAUGCGAGAGAAAAGCAUGAAAACGAGACAGGAUUGCUUCCAAUUAUUAAAAGAAGUAUGUAUGGUGUUGCCGGGAGCAUUAAGUGUCCAUAUUGGAGAUUUAAUACCGGGAAUUUUGUAUUCCCUGAGCGAAAAGAACGCUAGUAGUAAUAUGAAAAUAGAUGCUUUGUCGUUUAUUUACUGCUUGCUGACCAGCCAUCAGCCGCAAGUUUUCCACCCGCAUAUAAGUAUAUUGCUUCCACCCGUGACCAACGCUGUUGGUGACAAUUUCUAUAAGAUAACCGCGGAGGCUUUAAAUGUUUUGCAAGUACUGGUUAAGGUCAUCAGGCCUUUGAAUAUAAACUCCGGAUUUGAUUUCACCCCCUUUACCAAAGAUAUCUACAGCUGCACGUUAGUUAGACUUAGAACGGCCGACAUUGACCAGGAAGUCAAGGAAAAAGCUAUUUCUACCAUGGGGCAGGUUGUCUGCAACCUGGGCGACCAUCUGAAAAGCGAAUUACCAUUCUGCUUGCCCCUGUUCUUGGAUAGAUUAAGGAAUGAGAUAACUAGACUGACUACGGUUAAGGCUCUUACGAAAAUAGCCGGAUCACCAUUAGGUAUUGAGCUGCCUAUUUUACCAGAAGCGAUGCCCAUCUUGGGGCUGUUUCUCCGCAAGAAUCAACGUGCCCUUAAACUUAGCACUCUCCAGUUAAUCGACUGCUUAAUCAAGAAUUACCACGAUGAUUUGAACGUGGUACUGCUGCAACCGAUCAUCGUCGAGGUACCACCACUGCUAGACGAAUCUGAUCUACACAUUGCACAGUGGACGUUAAUCAUUCUCAAGUCGGUGGCACUUCACCAUCCAAGAGCCCUUCAAGAUAUCAAUAAUACCAUUAUGCCCCAGGUUCUCCUUCUAGUCAAGUCUCCGUUGCUGCAAGGUACCGCUCUCCAGUCGAUGUUGGACUUUUUCAAGUCGCUCGUCAAAUGCAACUUGCCAGGACUGAACUACGACUCCCUUCUAAGACUUCUCCUCAUGCCAAUAUCAAAUCUUGCUACGUGCCAAACGGCUACUCUGCACAAACAGGCCUUCUACUCCCUAGCUAAAUGCGUGGCGGCCAUCACGGUCACUUGCCACGCUCACGCUUUGCCCGUGGUACCUCAGUUCAUUAACGAGAUACAGACUGCCUCGACUGAUUCUCAACAAAUUUUCGCCCUGUUGGUUGUUGGGGAGAUCGGUAGAGAAAUAGAUCUAACGUCAGUUCCUAACCUGAAACAAGUUAUACUAAACUCAUUUUCCGUUGUGUCCGAAGAAGUUAAGUCCGCGGCUAGUUAUGCUCUCGGUAGCAUUUGUAUUGGAAACCUGCAGCAGUAUCUACCGUUUAUCUUGAAAGAAAGCCAAGACCAACCUAAAAGGCAAUAUCUCCUAUUACAUUCGCUGAAAGAGGUUAUCACAUGUUUGUCGUAUACAGCCGAAGGCAUCCAGCAGCUUUUGCCGUUUGUGCCUGCGAUAUGGCAACAGCUGUAUCGUCACUGCGAGUGUGUUGAAGAGGGAACGCGCAACGUCGUAGCGGAAUGUCUAGGAAAACUGACGUUAAUCGAUCCCGCUAACUUACUGCCCAAGCUGAAACGAUCAUUAAAUUCUCCCUCGCCACUCAUGAGAACCACUGUGGUUACAGCGGUCAAAUUCACCAUUUCCGAUCAGCCUGCCUUGAUCGAUCCACUGUUAAGGCAAUGCAUCGGUGAAUUUUUGAACACAUUGCAAGACCCAGACCUCAACGUCAGACGCGUCGCUUUGGUGGCUUUCAACUCCGCCGCGCAUAACAAACCGUCUCUGAUUCGAGAUCUUCUCGACACAAUUCUACCACAACUUUAUGGAGAAACUAUCAUUAAGAGAGAUCUGAUUAGAGAGGUGGAAAUGGGACCAUUCAAGCACACGGUCGACGAUGGACUCGAUAUAAGAAAGGCCGCUUACGAGUGCAUGUAUACACUCCUUGAUUCUUGUCUAGAUAAAGUCGAUAUAUUCGAAUUCAUCAACCACGUCGAAACGGGACUGAAAGAUCAUUAUGACAUCAAGAUGCUGACGUAUCUAAUGGUUGCUAGAUUAUCUCAAAUAUGCCCAGGCGCAGUCUUCCAGAUGCUGGACAAACUGGUGGAACCUUUACGAGCUACAUUGACAAUGAAAGUAAAGGCCAAUUCGGUAAAACAGGAGUACGAGAAGCAAGACGAACUGAAGAGGUCUGCGAUGAGGGCCGUAGCGGCGCUACUCAGCAUACCUGAUGCAGAUAAAAAUCCGCACCUAAACGAAUUCGUGAGCCAGAUCAAGAACUCUAUAGACUUAGCACCGAUCUUUGAAUCUGUUCAAAAGGAUUCGUCUACAUCCCACAGCGAUUGUUUCCUCAUGGAUCAGAGCUAAAUAUGUAUCUGGUCGUUUCAUUAUUUGUCAUAGGAUAUUAUAAUAAAUUACAUUGCUGAAACUUACUGUGCAGUAUAGUACAUAAAUAACUGUUCUUUUACAUUGUUCAUACAUUUCAAUCAAUAUACCGUUUACUUUCAUUUCAUUCAUUAAAA